GUUCAACUGGAAGAGAUGGAGAAACAAUCAAUUCUCUUUACUCUUUUUCUUCUGGUUACGUUACUUCAUGGAUCAUCAUUUGUUCAUGGGUCUGAGAAAGAAAGAAAGGCUUAUAUUGUGUACAUGGGAGAGUCAAUAAAAUCACAGAAAACUACCGAUGGAUAUCACAUUACUGCAGCUGAUCAUCAUCACAACAUGCUUUCAUCUGUAAUUGGAGAUGAGGGUUUAGCUAGACAGUCGAAAAUACACAGCUAUGGAAAAUCUUUCGACGCAUUUGGUGCUUACCUCUUGCCAGAGGAAGCUGAGAGACUAAAAGAACAUGAGAAUGUGAUCUCAGUGUUUCCAAAUACUAAUCGAAAGCUUCAUACCACAAGAUCAUGGGAUUUUCUAGGAAUGCCUAUGUCAGUUAAGAGAAAUAUCCAAAGAGAGAGUGAUACUAUUGUGGGUGUGAUUGAUACAGGAAUUUAUAUCGAUGCUCCAAGCUUUAAUGACAAAGGCUAUGGACCACCUCCAUCAAAAUGGAAGGGUGUAUGCCAAAAAGGAAGCAACUUCACUGGCUGCAACAACAAGGUAAUAGGAGCAAGGGUAUACAACUUAGGCGAAGUUGCAAUCUCUGAACCUAGCCCAGCGGACACAAUAGGCCAUGGCUCGCACACCGCCUCCACAGUAGCUGGUGUCCCGGUAAAAGGUGCGAGCCUGUAUGGCUUAGGCCGAGGCACAGCACGAGGUGGAGUUCCAUCAGCUCGAAUUGCGAUGUAUAAAGUCUGUUCUUUCGAGAGUUGUAGUGACCUGAACUUGUUGGCUGCAUUUGAUGAUGCUAUUGAGGACGGGGUUGAAAUCAUAUCAGUUUCGAUCGGAGGGGGAGCGUCGAGUUACUUCAUGGAUCCGAUUGCAAUUGGAGCGUAUCAUGCAAUGAAGAAGGGAAUCCUGACGAGUUGUUCGGCAGGAAAUGAUGGUCCAUUCUUGAGGUCAAUAGAAAAUACUGCUCCCUGGAUCCUGACUGUUGGUGCUGGAAGCAUGGAUAGGCAAUACAGCGCUCCUGUUAUCACUGCAGAUGGCAUGAAAAUUUUUGGCCUUUCUAUUAACACAUUCACACCGAAAUCAAAAACAUAUCCCCUUAUCAGCGGAUCAAAAGCAACAAAUUUCAGUGGACCUAACGACGGGUCCUGUUCUGCUGACGUAUUAGACAAGGACAAGGUUAAGGGAAAGAUUUUGUUUUGUAAAGGAGGAGAUCCUGAUGAUGUAGAUGAAUUAGGAGGGGCUGGAACAAUUUUGUUGGGUGAUUCAGACACAGCAUUUUCCUUCGCGAGUCCCGUCACAAUUCUCACUACUGAUCAAGGACAAAAGAUGGAUAAAUAUAUUAACUCAACCAAGAAUCCUCAAGGUGUAAUAUUGAAGUCAAUUUCUGUCAAAAUUGAUGCUCCAUCUGUGGCUUCUUUUUCAUCUAGGGGACCCGACCCCAUCUGUUCGACACUUUUGAAGCCAGAUCUUAUUGCACCUGGAAUUGACAUCCUAGCUGCUUACACUAAAUUGGUAUCUGUAACUGGUACACGAAGAGAUAAUCGGUUUGUUCCAUACAAUAUUAUUUCUGGAACAUCAAUGUCUUGCCCUCAUGCGAGUGCUGCGGCUGCUUAUGUCAAAACAUUUCACCCCAAUUGGUCUCCAUCCGCCAUUAAAUCUGCCCUCAUGACUACAGCAUCUGAAAUUAAAAUUAAGCACAAACGGGCUGAAUGGCAAUACGGAUCAGGGCAGAUCGACCCCACAAAGGCCUUAGAUCCUGGCUUGGUCUAUGAUAUGUCAGAAAGAGACUAUGUACGUUUCUUGUGCAAACAGGGAUAUUCUGGCUCAGCUCUAAGCACACUCACAGGAGAGAAAAUUAAUUGUUCAAGUAUUCAUUCUUCUAAGGGAAAUAGCCAUGAUGCCCUGAACUAUCCAUCCAUGCACAUUUUUGUUGAGAAUUCUAAUGACACUAUUUCAGCCGUUUUCCAUCGUAUAGUUACUAAUGUGGGAUCUGCAAAUUCUACCUACAAGGCGACGGUGAAGGCUCCCAAUGGUUUUAAGAUCACUUGUACUCCUGAUACACUGGUGUUUAACAAAGUGAACGAGAAGAAAUCAUUUAGAGUCACGGUACACGGCCCGUCACCCUUUGAUCCUGAAAAUACGACUGUAAUUUUAUCAGGUUCAUUGGAAUGGAGUGACUCAGAGCACAAGGUUAGGAUCCCCAUUGUUAUUGCUUCUGACAGAUACGGCGAGUUGUGAAUUUUUAGGGCUUUACGUUAGUCAAAUGUAUCUUCUUUAGAUUGGAAGAUUUAAUAAAACUCGAACUUUCCUUCUAGGUUUGUAUCUCUUGUUAUGAAAGCACCACCUUUUGCAAUUUAA